ACUCAGUGUACGUACUCAACAACAACAACAACAAUCACAAUGGAAACGUUUACUAGUUAUCUCUCGCUCAGUAUUGCUGUUCUGCUCAUUCUCAUCAUCAAAUUUUCCUUCGCUUCGGCGAAAAACAAUAACAAGAAGCUGCCGCCGAGCCCGCCGUCGCUGCCGAUCAUCGGCCACCUCCACCUAGUGAAGCGUCCCCUCCACCACGGGCUCGCGACGAUCUCGGUCCGCUACGGCCCCGUGCUCCUGCUGCGCUUCGGCUCGCGCCGAGUGCUCGUCGUGUCCUCGCGCGCGGCGGCUGAGGAAUGCUUCAGCACCGACAACGACGUCGCCUUCGCCAACCGGCCCCGGGUCCCCUCGCUGAAGCUCUUUACCAACGGAUUCACGCUUCUCCCCUUCGCCAAUUACGGGCCCCUGUGGCGCAACCUCCGCCGCAUCGCCACGGGCGAGGUCCUCUCCGCCCACCGCCUCACCGCCUCCGCUGCUUCCCGCGCCGAGGAGUUGCGGGGAUUGGUGAAGAGGAUGUUCUUGGAUUGGAAAGCCCAAAAUAAGAGUGAUGAGUCGUCGUUCACCAAGGUGGAGAUGAAGUCGAGGUUGUUCGAUCUAGCACUGAAUGUGAUGAUGAGGAUGAUAGCAGGGCGAAAGUACACCUUCUCACAAGGCGAGGGAGUCGGAGGGUCGGAGGCCGCGAAGCGAUUCAGGAUGAUGGUGGAAGAGACCUUCUUGUUGAUCGAUUCGACUUCAAAUUUAGGAGACUCUCUACCCAUGCUAAGGUGGUUUGAUAUCGGAGGGGCCGAGAAAAGGAUGAGGAAAUUGCUGAAGGAGAGAGAAGAGCUGAGCCAGAAGAUUGUCGACGAGAAGAGGAGAGAAAGCGAGGAGGAGAUCAAGAAGGAGCAGACUAUGAUCGGAGAUCUGCUUGAGUCGCAGAAGCAAGAUCCUGAUUUCUAUACCGAUGAAACCAUCGAAGCACUUGCCUUCAGCUUGUUAGCAGGGGGAACGGAUACCACGUCGAACACCAUCGAGUGGACCAUGUCGCUCCUCCUCAACAAUCCUGAAGCCCUAAGAAAAGCGGCGACGGAGAUCGACGCUCGUGUGGGCACCGAUCACUUGGUGGAGGAGUCGGACAUCGCGAACCUCCCCUAUCUCCACUGCAUCAUCACCGAGGCUCUCCGCCUCUACCCAGGAGGGGCCCUCCUCAUUCCCCACGAAUCUGCGACGGAGCUAACCAUCGCAAACUACACCGUGCCGCAAGGCACCAUGCUACUGGUCAAUGCCUAUGCCAUCCACAGAGACCCCGCCGUAUGGCGCGAACCUACGAAGUUUAAGCCGGAGAGGUUUGAAGCUGGGAGAGAAGAGAAGGGGUGGAUGAUUCCGUUCGGGAUGGGGCGGCGACGGUGCCCCGGGGAGGGCCUCGCGACGCGGGAGGCGUCGCUGGCGCUUGCGACGAUGAUACAGUGUUUCGAGUGGAAGAGAGUCGGGGAGGAGGAGGUGGACAUGACUGAAGGAAUGGGGCUGACUCUGCCCAAGGCAUUGCCUCUGGAAGCACUGGUUCGGCCGCGCCGGAACAUGAUCGAUUUACUUUCCAAGCUCUAAAUGCAUAUCAUGAGUUGCAUUUCACAAAUGCAGGAAUAAAAGAAACUAUAAAUGUAAGCUAGUACCGCACCAGACCACUGGUUUGUAUGCGUAUGUUAAGGGGUGAACUUCCUAUGGCAUAUCUCUGGUAGUAGUAAGUUCAUUUAUGUAGUUUCCUAUGUAAAACUUUCAAGUUCAUUUUUCCUUUGUUUGACGCCUCUU